AUGUUGGCCAAGCUUAACUCUGUGGGACUAGACGGUAUCAAAUCGGAUGAUCAACUUCAGCUUCUAGAUACGAUUGACUCUCUCCGGUCGCAGGGCAUCCACCAUUAUGUUUCCCUCCCACAGAUCAUCGUCUGCGGCGAUCAGUCAUCUGGAAAGAGUUCGGUCCUAGAAGCGAUCUCUGGCGUCUCUUUUCCGAUUAAGAGCACUAUCUGUACUCGAUUUCCCACCGAACUUGUCCUCCGGAAAUCUACGCACGAAGGAGUUGAACUUCGUAUUAUCCCGCAUGAAUCCCGUACCGACUCUCAAAAAGAGUCACUCUACAAAUUCAAUGGGAAGCUAAACGAUUUUUCCGACCUUCCCGAACUCAUUGAAGCUGCCAGAUGCUCCAUGGCUAUGCUUACUCCAGGCAUGUCAUUCUCUCGGGACAUUUUGAGGGUCGAAAUCCACGGCCAAGAUCGCCCUCAUCUUACCAUGGUCGACUUGCCUGGGCUCAUACAUUCUGAGACCAAAACUCAGUCAGCCGAGGAUGUGUCACUGAUCAAAGAGGUUGUACGAAGCUAUAUGAAAGAGCCUCGAACUAUAAUACUCGCCGUGGUUUCUGCUAAAUAUGAGUUCUCUAAUCAAAUUAUUCUCCGACUCGCGCGAGAAGCCGACCCGAGAGGCCACCGAACCAUGGGUGUGAUCACCAAGCCUGACACUCUCCUGGAAGGUUCUGAGAGUGAAAGCAAGUUUCUCACUUUAGCCAAAAACCAAGACAUUGAGUUUCGCCUAGGCUGGCAUGUGUUGAGAAAUGCAGACUCCGAAAGAGGGCCAAGCACUCUAGAGCAGCGGGACAAUAAAGAAGCAUACUUCUUUUCCAGUGGUCGCUGGGUCGAGCUUCCUUCUUCCUCGCGCGGGAUUGUCAGCCUUAGAACCAGGCUCAGCCAGCUUCUUUGCUAUCAGAUUGUGGCGGAGCUACCGGAUCUUGUCGCAGAGAUUCGGACAAAGGCUGACGACUGCCGGGUUCAGCUGGAACAGAUGGGAAGCCCUCGAGAGAAUCUUCAGGACCAAAAGUUGUAUCUGGUGCAAGUCAGCCAGCGAUUCCAGGCUUUGGUCAAAGCAGCUGAUGAGGGUGCCUAUCACGACGGCUUUUUUCAUGAUCCCAUGACCAACGCCGGAUACAAGAAGCGGCUUCGGGCCAUUGUUCAAAAGCUCAACGAAGAAUUUUCACUUGAAAUCCGCGCUCGUGGCCGCAAGUACACGGUGUCGACAAGUGCCCCGAAUUCCAUCAGUCAAAAAGAUCUCAUCGACAAGGUCAUAGGGCUCGCUGAGAGAACCAGGGGACGCGAGCUUCCCGGCCUGUGGAAUCCCAUGACUAUAUCAGAGCUAUUUAGGGAACUCUCGUCUCCGUGGGAAGCCAUCGCGACGAAGCAUGUCAACCGCACGUGUGAGGCCUGUGCAGAGUUCAUAGAACAGGUGGCCAAGGCCACUGCCGACUCGGUGACAGCCAGCUCACUCAAAGAUGUGAUACUGGACCCGAAGCUUGAGAAGAUUCGGCUGGGUCUCUAUAACAACCUCAAGAAGGUUAUGCAGCCACAUCAGGAAGGUCAUCCAAUUACAUAUGGCGAAGGUUUCCAGGAGGCACUUCAUCAAGCGCAAGUGAAGAGAGUAGACCAUGCCAUCGCGACCAUGAUUCAAAAUUUCCUAGGAGUGGUCACCGCCGAGGGCCAAACCAUUCGCGUGUCAAAGAAUGUUGACACAGGGGCGCUCCAUCGUGAGCUAUUGAAAACGAUUGAUCCCUGUUCUAACCGCCAUAAAGCCAUGGGCAUCAUGGACCAUGUUGACCAUUAUUAUGAGACUGCUUUACAGCGAUUUAUCGAUGUCGUGGCUGUAGACGUUAUUGAGACGAGCCUAGUAGCUGAGCUCAGUAAAGUGUUUGAUCCAACAGCCGUUGCCAUGAUGACAAACGAGCAAAUUUCUCUGAUUGCAGAUGAAACGGAGCAGAGACGUAUGAUCCGGGAGGGAUUGCAACAACAACUUCACAGCUUAGAGGAAGGAAAUCGCAUUUUCCAGAAGUACCAGAAGGUAGUGCUUGCCAUGAUGUCAUCCAUGAGCUAUGAGAACUACACACCGAAAAGCGGCUCGACGAUGGAUGGAGAGGAAACCCCAGAACGUACCCGUGGAGCAGGCCCAAGAGUCUCUGAAUAUUCGUUCUGUCACGAGGAAAAGUCAGCGGAUGAGGAGACUCCAGCAACCGAGGAGGUUGAAGAAGCCAAGGAGGCUCCAGUGAUUGAGGAGGCUCCAGCAGAUGAGGCAAUGCCACCAAGUGAGGAGAUGCCAGCUGUGCCCAGAUAUGAUGAUGAUGGUUUCGGAUUUUGGAAGAAAGUGGGGGAAAAUCACAAUAAUGCCGGUUCAUUUUGGGAAUAA